GCAGCAGUGAUGGUUCUUGGGAUAAAGAAAAACUUCAGUCUCCCCCCACCCAAGGAUCACAGGCCUCUGUUAACCACCCCAACUUGCCUGGACAGCAUAAUGUUCCAGUUAGCCAUCCUCUCAACCCUCUUCAACAGAACCACCUUCUGCCAAAUGGUUUGGAACUUCCUUUUAUGAUGAUGCCCCACCCGUUAAUUCCUGUGAGCCUACCUCCAGCAUCUGUCACAAUGGCGAUGAGCCAGAUGAAUCACCUUAGUACCAUCGCAAACAUGGCGGCAGCAGCACAAGUGCAGAGCCCUCCCUCCAGAGUUGAGACAUCUGUUAUUAAGGAACGUGUUCCAGACAGCCCUUCUCCUGCUCCUUCUCUUGAAGAGGGCCGAAGACCUGGCAGCCAUCCAUCCUCUCAUCGAAGCAGCAGUGUGUCCAGCUCUCCUGCACGGACCGAGAGCUCUUCAGACAGAAUCCCUAUCCAUCAGAACGGGAUAUCUAUGAACCAAAUGCUGAUGGGUUUGUCACCUAAUGUCCUGCCUGGACCUAAGGAGGGUGAUCUGGCUGGUCAUGACGUGGGACAUGAGACGAAAAGAAUACACAUUGAGAAAGAUGAGACCCCGCUCUCCACACCAACCGCAAGAGACAGCCUUGACAAACUUUCUCUAACUGGGCAUGGGCAACCACUACCUCCGGGUUUUCCAUCUCCUUUUCUAUUCCCUGAUGGAUUGUCCUCCAUAGAGACCCUUCUGACUAACAUCCAGGGUCUACUAAAGGUUGCUAUAGACAAUGCCAGAGCUCAAGAGAAACAGGUCCAACUGGAAAAGACAGAGCUGAAGAUGGAGCUCUUCAGGGAACGAGAACUGAGGGAAACACUUGAAAAACAGUUGGCUGUGGAGCAGAAGAACAGAGGUAUCUUAAAUAAGCAGGCAUAA